AUGUAUGAGGAGUUUUCAAUCAAGCAGCAUGCUCGAGAGGCAGCAGACUUGUGCCAAUUGCUGUCAAUAAAAUGUGUGGCGGAAUCCAGUUUAACAGCGUUGUUGCCCAUUGUCAAUUCUGUUCCUGUAGAGAGACGUGAAACCAGGCUCAUCCGAUUCGUUGCUCGCGCACAAUAUUGUGUGCAAAACAAUAAUCCAAUCAAUUAUUACGAGAUGAACGUUCCCAAUGCUCAAUAUGAAUACAAGGAUUUUGUCUUGCUCAACUCCCAUAUGGAAGAUUUUGUAAUACCAGAGUAUGCUCUCCUGCAAGCAUCCCUCGUGCCUGGACUUCACGCGAUGCAGAAAGGGCUUGAACCGAUUGAGCACCUCAUCGUUAUCUGUCGGUCUGCUUUGCUGGCCAUCUCUGAAGAGAAUUACGAAUCAGAAGCUGCGAGGAUUGCACGCCUAUUUGCUAGGGACGAAGAACAUUCCUUGCAAAUCGUCCGGACGAGGACGUUCUGCGAUGCUGUGGGGUGGUCCAAUAUCCGGGGCUAG